AUGAGAAAAAUGAUGAUAGUUGCGCAAUCAAGAUAAGCUUAUGGUAACAGUGAUCAGUAUGAAGUUAUUAACACAUCUUACUGUAAACGCCUACAGACAUAUAGGAUAUCGAGGAAUCACUCUGCCAACUUGCUCUAUUGGUUCGAGAAAAAUGGCGACUGAAGUCGAAAAGGCACAGUCCGCCGCUCCGGGCGGUGAUACGAUAUUUGGAAAAAUACUACGCAAGGAAAUCCCAUGCAAGUUUAUCUAUGAGGAUGACAAGUGUGUUGCAUUCAACGAUAUAAAUCCUCAAGCACCUGUGCAUUUCCUGGUGAUUCCAAGGAAAACAAUACAACAACUAUCCAAAGCUGAUGAUGAGGAUCAGAACUUACUUGGUCACUUGAUGAUUGUUGCUCGCAAGGUUGCAAAACAAGAGGGUCUAAAAAAUGGAUUUCGUCUAGUUGUCAAUGAUGGAAAACAUGGUGCACAAUCUGUGUUUCAUCUGCAUUUGCAUGUUCUUGGUGGUCGACAGUUACAAUGGCCACCUGGCUAAUUGUUGGUACGGUUAAAUAUACAAAUGUGACUUCAAUUUCACAAUUCUUGUUUACUAUUAAUAAAAUACUAAAAAUA